GGAGAGCGCUGAGCGCGUGAGCGCCUCCGUGACAUCCCUUCGCCUCCACUUCGCCCCGGUGCUUGCUCUCCUCCUCCUCCUCCUCCUCCUCACUGCGGACUUGCCCUCCUCCCGUCCCGUCCCGUCCCGCGGCCGGAGCCAGGGAAGGGGCGACGGCGACAGACAUAGAAACGCCUCGCAGAGCCCCGCUGGAUCGGCUGGCCUAAGCAUUCCAUGUGGAGCUUGGCUCAAUGGACGUGGCCGAGUGUGCUGCCGCCGCUGCUGCUACUGCUGCUUCUUAGGCGAUCGGCGGGAUCCUAAAAGGUUGAUGACCAUGGUUGCCAGGACCUGUUCUCUACUAGCGCUGCUGCUUUAUCACAUAUUGCUGGGUGGAUCGGCCAGCCUCAUCCCAGAGGUGGGCGACGGGCGACGAUUCAGUGGCGAUUUGGGCCAGGUUGCUCCACUGAAGCUCUCGGAAGGGAUUCUGCACGAAUUUGAGCUGCGCCUGCUCAAUAUGUUUGGGCUUCAGCGACGGCCCACUCCAAGCAAGAACGCCAUUGUCCCCCCCUAUAUGUUGGAACUCUACCAUCUGCACACAAGUCAGAAGCCAAUGGCCAUGGACUAUAAAUUGGAGAGGGCGACCAGCAGGGCCAAUACCGUCAGGAGCUUUCACCAUGAAGAAGCACUGGAAGAGCUUCCACAAAGAAGUGGGAAAACAACCCGGCGUUUCUUCUUUGACUUAGCGUCAAUCCCUGAUGGGGAGUUUAUCACUUCAGCUGAGCUUCAGGUUUUUCGGGAGCACAUCCAAGAUGCCUUUGAAAGCAAUGGCAGCUAUUACCACCGUAUUAAUAUUUAUGAAAUCAUAAAGCCGGAGAGAGAGGCCUCCAAGGACCCUGUCACAAGACUCCUGGACACCCGCUUGGUGCAUCGUAAUGCUAGCAAAUGGGAAACGUUUGAUGUAACGCCAGCUAUAAUGAGGUGGAUUGCACAUGGACAACCCAACCACGGUUUUGUAGUAGAAGUGGUGCACUUGGACAAAGAGAGCAGUGUGUCCAAGAGACACGUCAGAAUCAGCAGGUCGUUGCAUCAGGAUGAUGCCAGUUGGUCUCAGAUCAGGCCGUUACUAGUAACUUUUGGGCAUGACGGAAAGGGACAUCCUCUCCAUAAGAGAGAGAAACGUCAGACAAAGCAGAAACCACGCAAGCGCCAUAAAUUCAAUUGUAAAAGACACCCUUUAUAUGUGGACUUCAACGACGUAGGGUGGAAUGACUGGAUAGUGGCCCCGCCGGGUUAUGGUGCCUUCUAUUGCCAUGGAGACUGCCCUUUUCCAUUGGCAGAUCACCUGAACUCCACAAAUCAUGCCAUUGUUCAGACUCUAGUCAAUUCCGUGAAUUCCAAAAUCCCCAAAGCUUGCUGCGUGCCGACAGAACUGAGCGCAAUCUCCAUGCUCUACCUUGAUGAAAAUGAAAAGGUUGUACUAAAGAACUAUCAAGAUAUGGUUGUGGAGGGCUGCGGUUGCCGCUGAUGGCAGCAGCAAAAUAUAAUGGACAAAUACAAAAUAAUAAUAAUUAAAAACACAAAAACAAAACUUGACACUUUAAUAUUUCCAAUGAAGACCUUAUUUAUGUUAUGAAAUGGAGAAUUAAACGCAUCUAUUUUGAAAAUCUAUUUAUGACUACAGAAAAAAAAGCGAGGAAAGAUAUUUUAAUCAGAGAAUUAUUCCUUUUAAAGAUUUUUAAACAUAUUUUAGUUGUACAUUUUAUAUGGGUAUAACCCCCCUUUCCCUCAGCACAUGAAGUAUAAAGGUCAGAUUCUUAUUUUGUAUUUAUUUACUAUUAUAACCACUUUUUAGAAGAAUAGCUAAUUUGUAUUUAUAUGUAUAAUCAAAAAAGCAGAAGAAAAAAUAUAGGGUUUGUACAUAAUUUAAAACAAAUGGUAGCUGUUUUCCGUUGUGUGUAUUUAAAUGAGUUGAAAAUGUGUACAUGAAAGGGUUACUAUGGCAAAGGUGCAUAACGCAUUUUGCUUUCUGCAGUUCUACUGUUAAGGUCACAAGUGCAAGUCCAAUGAAAAGUGGCUAAUCCACCCUGCUGACUCAAGAUUAUAUUGUACAAUUCUCAGGAAUGUUGCAGGGUGGGCUGCCCAGUCCAUGAGAAACUGGCAUCCUCUCGCUGUGGAGCUUUUGGAUAAGAACCAGACAUUGGCGAACAAGUAGAAAUAGAACUGCUGUUCCUCAUGGAGGUGUGAUGUGACCACCAACUGGGCUGAUAGAAAACUUCUCUUUCCGUCCUCCUCUCCCCACGCCCCAUCGCCCCUUCACACCUACAGAAAAGCAAAAUGUUUAUGCUGUUCCUCCCCUUUUAAGUAGUUCAUCCAUUGGAAUCCAUUGUCCUGGCCAAAUAUUAAAUAAAAGACCAGAUUUCUUCAGUUUUUAAAA